ACAAACAAACAAACAAACAAAGAAACCAGCGACCAAGUAGAGCUGAGCCCGGACAUACUCCGCCGGGAAGCCCCUCCCGCUGGCGGCUUGGAGUGCGCCCUGCGGCCCUCCGGGGGCGCUGCGGAGGCCCCAGCUGCAGCGUUGGGGCGGCCCGCCGUGCUCAGUGCCAAGCACUCACUCGCUGGAGGUCUCUAGGCGCCGGCCGCGUCCCGCCCGCUCCCUGCGCUACACGAGAUCCCCUACGCGCCCGGCACCCGGUUCCCGCCGGCAGCGCCAGACGCCGCUCCGCUCGACGGCGACAUGGGCGUCCCGCCGGCCCCAGAGGCCGGCAACUGGCGGUGGGGUCCCCUGCUCCUCACUCUUUUCCUGGCCGAGUCCCGAGAUCUGGUGGCAGCCUUCAAGAUUGCUACACCGUAUUCCCUGUACGUGUGCCCUGAGGGGCAGAACGUCACCCUCACCUGCAAGCUCCUGGGCCCUGUGACCAAAGGGCAUGACGUCACCUUCUACAAGACGUGGUACCGCAGCUUGCGGGGUGAGGUGCAGGCCUGCUCGGUGCGCCAGCCCAUCCGCAACCUCACGUUCCAGGACCUUCACCUGCACCAUGGAGGCCAUCAGGCUGCCAACACCAGCCAGGACCUGGCCCGCCGCCACGGGCUGGAGUCCGCCUCUGACCACCACGGCAACUUCUCCAUCACCAUGCACAACGUGAGCCUGCUGGAUGGCGGCCUCUACUGCUGCCUGGUGGUGGAGAUCAGGCAGCACCACUCAGAGCACAGGGUCCACGGUGCCAUGGAGUUGCAAGUGCAGAUAGGCAAAGAUGCACCGUCCAAAUGCAUCGCGUACCCAUCCUCCCCCCAGGAGAGUGAAAACAUCACGGCUGCAGCCCUGGCUACAGGAGCCUGCAUCGUGGGAAUCCUCUGCCUCCCCCUCAUCCUGCUCCUGGUCUACAAGCAAAGGCAGGCAGCUUCCAACCGCCGUGCCCAGGAGCUGGUGCGGAUGGACAGCAACACUCAAGGGAUCGAAAAUCCUGGCUUUGAGCCCUCUCUACCACCCUCCCAAGGGAUGCCGGAGGCCAAGCCCAGACCCCCACUGUCCUACGUGGCCCAGCGGCAGCCAUCUGAGUCUGGGCGGCACCUGCUUUCUGAGCCCAGCACUCCCCUUUCUCCUCCAGGCCCCGGGGACGUCUUCUUCCCAUCCUUGGAGCCUGUCCCUGACUCCCCAAGCUUUGAGGUCAUCUAGACAAGCUAGGAGACAGUGAGCAGUUGUGGCUGGGUCUGGGGCAGGUGCAACUGAGCCAGGCCUGGCUCUAAGAGUGGCCUCCUGGGCCUUGGCCCUGGCUCCCUUCCUCCUACUCUGAGUCCAGACUCUGUGACAGUCCUGAUACCCAGACCCUCACCCGCUCUGGAUGCUACAAGGGGGAAGGGAGAAGAUGCUGGACGGUCAGCCCUUAUCCCAAGGAUGUUGGGGUGUUGGGACCCCCCCCCCCCACCGAGACCUGAAAUCCACCAGCUACAGAUGCCAAAUGACCUAUUUUCUAAGAAGUUCCAGAAUUUCCAGCUCUGCAGUAGCUUUUCUCCCUAAGACAUGAGCCUCGGGAACUGGCAGCUUCAGUAGGAAUAGAGGGGCGUCUGCCUGGUGCCAUCCUCUGAGGCCCGAGGCACAGGACAGAUGUGGAGGGACUCUUCCACUCUGUCGUGGUCUGGCUCCCCCAUGCUGUCCGAGGCUGCUUAUCUGCCAGACCUACUCUUUGUAGGGGGCACAGAGGUUGGGUCUGCCUGCCUGGGCCGGCUUGCCUGCCCCCAGCCACUGGAGCCAUCCCUGGUGUCCUCGUACCAGCAUUUUCUCUGAGGAACUGUCAAUAGGUUAAGCCAAUCUGGGACUCCCACUGCCUGCAUUCUGAAUUCAGUGGCCAGAGGCUCUGAAAUAGGAAGUACAUAUUUGGGUACAGUGGCCAUCGUGAGCCAACUGGUGUCUUGCACAAUGUAAGGCCAGGCCAGAGGUUGCACCACUGACCACAAACAGUGGUGAGGGCAGGCGGGUGGGGCCCGCUGGGAAGGUGAGUGAGGGACUACCCCCCAUCCUCCCCAUCCCUGACUCCCACUGCUCAGUGUGGGUCACAAUAAGGGUGCCAUAUAAUGUCUUGUCCACAUUGGGACACUUUUGAGUGUAAAGGGGGGUGCCAUUAAAAACUACAUGAGACAACAGGUGUGAACCCUGUGAACAGAUUAUAAGAGCAGCUUUAACACCCCACUCUGCUUCUGAAGUGCUAAAACCUUAGGAAACUCUCUCCUCUCACCUCUGCCUUUGGCCUUCCCUUCCAUACAAUCUGUACCCGGUCAAGUCUUUACCUCAGGGUAACUUGGUCAGGUUGGAGGAGCCAGGCAGGUGUGUUCCCAUAUCUUGCAUCUGGGCAUGACCUGGAUUUGUUUUUGUACAUGUUUACAAGGGGAGUCCCUUGUGGAAUUGUGACAGAAGGAUUUUAAAGCAUAGGAGAAGGUGGGGGGUGGUCUCUUCACACUCUAGGGUGGAAACAUGGAAGGUGGUGCCUGUGGUGGGGAGGGGUGAGGCAGGGUUGAGUGGACUCCUGCCAGCUUCCAGGAGACAGGAGCUCUGGGCACUAUGGAGAAUGUCAUCCAGUCUAGGCAUUGGCCUUCCACUCUAGCACUGGUCUUCUAGCAGCCUACACUGGGUCUGCUGAGCUGGGCCUAGGGCUAGGACAAAGGACCCAGUGGGCAGAAAGAACCCUGCCCCAUUGCCGGGGGUGGGUUCGAAAGAGGAGCUGCGCUAGGCUGCCCUGCAGCAGUGAGCCCUGGGCCUGCGGCUGGAACAAGGAAGCCCCUCUGGGCACAUGGUUCUGCAUCCCAGCUGCCUUGUUAGGCUCGAAGGCACAAGCCACUGUGGGCCUCUGGUUGUGCCUGACUGCACUGGGGACCUAGAGGCCUUGAGCAGAGGGUGAGUGCAGGCGUCAAGAUGGCACUCACACCUCAAAUGGCCAGAUCCCUAAAAAUCCUGGCUCCUGCUUUGUCCUGGGGUCCUUCCUUCCAUCUGCCAUUAUGGACACUUGUGCCAGCUGCUGUAGAAAGAUGUACUCUCUCACAAUUCUUGGGGUCACAGGGCAGGAGUGGGGAGGUGACACCUGUUCCAGGGAGGGGUGGGGCUUCCCCUAGGGUCAAAGGAAAGCCCCCAGGCCAGCUCAUAAAGACUAUGCCAUGCCCUCUGGGGAGGCUGGCCUGGCCCCAGGCCUCAGCUUUGGACCUACAGGCACAGACAACUUCUAAGAAUUUGGCUGCUGCUUGGGGAGGCGCCUGCAGCAGAACAGUCGCCACACUUCCUCCCUAGCUUCCUCCAGCACAGCCUCGCGCUCUCUUCUUUGGACCCUCUCAAGUGAACGCAUCUUAGCUUCGUGGUUUCCUGUUUUCAGCAAAAUUGACUCUGAGCUCCUGGUUCCAUCUUCAUCCAUGACCAUGAGCCCUGCCUACAGCACACUCUGGACACCCUCCCUGCUACUGCCAGAGCAGCCCUCUGUGUGGCCCCGGGAUGGUGGUGCUGCAGAUGCCAGCCCUGGUGGUUGUGGGCUAGCGUGCAUGGGACAGAGUGGAGAACAGGGUCAUGGUGGCUCCAGGUGGGGCUGGAAGAGCACUGGGGCCAGGAGGAGGUUUGCUUGGGAACAGGCUGGGGCUGGGGUGGGGUGAAUCUGUGUUUCUCAGAACUAAUUCAUUGUUAGGAGAUCAAUCAGGAAUGGGAGGCUGCCUUAACUGUCUCCCAACAUGCACAUUUAAUAGAGUCUUCCUGCCUUUAUUCUCUUCAAGGGAGCGGCUGAGGGAAUGGAUUGCUUACGUAGUGGGGGCUGCUUGAUGCUCCCUAAAAACAUACCAUGGAGGCCACUGGUGACAGCUGGUGGUCAGGCUGGCCCUACCUAGGGAGGCUGUGGUGAAGGUUCUGGUGCCGGUGUGCAGGAGCCCUGGAACUUGAUUUUCAAAAGACUCCUGCCUGGCCAGAGCUCCCCCUACGUACAGCAGCUCAGGGGCUGAGCAGAGGACCCCGUGUAGCCUUUUUCGGGGAGUGUUCUGGGGUUGGGGUACUCGGGAUGAUGUGGUGGAGCUAGGGGCUGCAGAGGUCGUGCUAUGUCCCACCCCCACCAACUUGGGCACUGUAGCCCUGCCUCAUGGACCAGGCCUUCCCAGGUGUUGGCUGGAGCACUCCAGGGCUGGCCUGACUGUGCCGGGGGCUGGGGUCACAUCUGCUCAGGGAACUGCAAUGGGUAAAAGGGGAACUGGGAUUGCCAACCAGGAUGUGGGGUACAAAGGGCUCUUGAAAAACACACGGCCUGGCUGAGCAUCUGGCCCAGUCCAGAGACAGUACUGACCAUCUGUCCUGUUUACUGGGCAUUCCCUGAUUUGCAUUGCUGAUGCCACGUCUCACUUGGUAUUCUGUGAGUUCCAGAAGGGCUUUUGGACCUUGCUGCAGACAUGAUAACUGAUACAUAGCUACUGCAGGAUGGACUGAACCAACAUGCCAGAGUUCUCGUCUCUGAUCACUCACAAGGGGCAGGCCUUCUCUGCCUUCCCACCCGCUCUUGUUCCUAGCAGCCUGAUCUGGCCUGGUGGGACAUCCUCAACAGUAAUGAUGCCCUGAGCUUGUGGAUUUUCUUUUGCAAUUCUGAUCUAUUGGAUGUCUUCCUGGAAUAGAUGUUGAGAGGGAUUCUGAAGUAUCCGUAUAGCUCAAUGAGAAAGUUCUGAGAUUGGCUAGCAAUGUCUGCCUUGGGGCCAGGAGAGGGAAGUGGCAGUAUGUGCAUCGUAUCUGCCUUUUCUGUUGUAAUAUUAUGUACUUUCCAAAACAUUUUCACAUGUAUUAUUACUUGUUUGAGUUCACACCCCCAUGCAACUGCCAAAAAUCCUAAGAGGCUUUAUUGUUCCCAUUUAAUAGUAGGGAAAUUAAAGUUCUAAAAGGUAUGUGUCUAGUCAAAACAAGUGAAUGGUGGAACUGCCUUCCACAUCAGC